CCAUCUUCCUCAUCCAACGGCCGCUAAUCGUCGGCAGGAGAAAACAAACGAACAAAAGGAAAGGGGCACGAAAUAAACACCGCGUGCUUCCCCUCUCCUCCGCGAUCCCCCUCUCCCCUCUCCUCUCCGUCGCCGCCGCUCGCCGCUGAGUCCCGAGCACCGCCGCGGCCCCUCCCUCCGUUAACUUGAGACUUGAGAGGUGCUUCUUGAUCUGAAGCUGUGUGCGGUUGCCUCGCGUCCAGAUUGAUCAUGAGCUCCAGAAGCCUCGUCCGAUCCCCGGUGUCCUGUAGUGCUGUAAACGAAUGCUUUUCCUACAAUUCACGCCGCCCAAGAAGCUACUAUCAGUAUUCUAAUACCAUGAAGCUACAAACACCGCAAGCUGGCCAGAUGCUUUUGCCUCGCAAAUUAUGGAAAUCUACUCGAUUGCAGACCACCCUUCUCACCCAGAGGCGGACUGUAUCAAACUGUUGCUCUGACCUUAGUACCACUUACACAGAGCAACUUCCCAGCUAUUUAGCACUUAAUGUUUUGCAAGACCAAUCAAAUGCGAAACAAAACAAUAUUCGUAAAGUCCUUGUCAUCCUGAACCCUAAUUCUGGAUUCCGUAGCUCUCGUGAGGUUUUCUACAAGAAAGUGCAAGCAACACUGAAGCUUUCAGGCUUCGCGAUGGAGGUUGUUGAAACAGCGUAUGCUGGUCAUGCAAAGGUGCUUGCUUCUACUGUUGACCUCAGUACAUGCCCUGAUGGCAUUAUCUGUGUUGGGGGUGAUGGAGUCGUAAAUGAGGUUUUGAAUGGUUUACUUGGUAGAGACGAUUUGAAAGAGGCGCUUCAACUUCCUAUUGGGAUAGUUCCUGCUGGUUCCGAUAAUUCAUUAGUAUGGAGUGUUCUUGGCAUCAGGGAUCCUGUGUCAGCAGCAACUGCUUUAGCUAAGGGUGGUUUCACACCGAUUGAUGUGUUUGCUGUAAAAUGGAUCCAAGCUGGAGUUACUCAUUUCGGUUUGACGGCUUCCUACUGUGGUUUUGUAGCUGAUGUUCUGCAAUUAUCUGAAAACUUCCGCCUGCAGCUUGGGCCCUUCCGUUACGUCAUCGCUGGCAUUCUUAAGUUUUUGUCCCUGCCCCAAUACAAAUUUGAGGUGGAUUAUCUAUCACCAGAGAAAAAUCCUAACUUGGAGUCACCGAUUGAAAAAUGCCAUGGCCAGCUUUCUGAUGACAGCAAGGUUAAGAGUGGUACUUAUAUGGAUAGUAGCACUGGAGAUAAUUGGGUUACGAUGAAAGGGGAGUUUCUUGGCAUUUUGGUCUGUAACCACUUCUGCAAGCCUGCCCAGGGGUUAUUUUCUCCAGUUGUUGCACCAAAAGCUCAGCAUGAUGAUGGCAGUCUGGACUUGAUUCUUGUACAUGGAAGUGGAAGACUCAGAUUAUUUUGCUUCUUUGUUGCCUAUCAGUUUUGCUGGCAUCUUCUACUCCCUUUUGUGGAAUAUGUCAAGGUAAAACAAGUAAAUGUUAGGCCAGUGGGCAGUACCCACAGUGGUUGUGGUGUCGACGGCGAGCUUCUUCAGGCGGAAGGCCAACCAGAAUGGCAGUGCUCUCUGCUCCCAGUACAAGGCCGGUUGCUUGGCCGGCAUCCCAGAACAUAGAAGUAGGUUUGUGACUCAUCCAGAAGUCAGUGCUGACAGUUCCGAGCAAUACUACAAUGUACCCAUUAAAUUAAGUGGUUAACAAAGUAUUGUUGCACUGUAAAAAUGUGUCUUCUGCCAUUAUUUUCACCCAUUCUCUUAAGGUUGUAGAUCUGCAGAUGAACUCCAGGUUGUAGGCCCCCAUUGAUGGGCAAGUGUAUAUUCCAGGAAAAGUGAGGCUUCCUUCUCUUCUUGGCAUGGAAGUACAAUGCAGAUGUAAUGUUAAGCUUAAUUUUAUUCAUUAUUCUGAUUGUCUGUUUAAA